CGUCUCCAGCCACCCGCAAGGCAGGGAGGGAAGCGGUGCCCCGUUUUAACCGGCCGCCGGCCAAUCAGCCGCGCGGAGCGGGGUGGAGGAACGCGGCGUGUGUGUGGGGGGGGCCCACGGGGGUGUGAACGGCAGAGCUACCUCACGUGUGGCAAGUGGAAAAUGAAACUAAAUGGCACAUUAAACCAACACGGCAGCACAAAAACUGGCUGGGCCAGUCAAAAACCCAGCCAGGUGGCAACCCUGCUUCAUGCUCGCCUGUGCCAAUAUCAAUAUGACGCAUCGAAUGCCUCCGACACACCUGUGCCAACAUCACCGCCCGAUGAACCAAAUCUCCCGACGUGCCGUUGCCAGCCUCACUGCCCAGCACACUGAAUCCCUUGACACACCCAUGCCAUCAUGAUGCACUGGCUCCCACAUCAAUCCCGGCAUCAAUCAACCUAUAUGAAAUCCCGCACUGCCAGCCUCAGUGUACUGCAAUUAUGUGUCAGCCCCUGCAAAAUCAUGUGAUUUGCUUUAAAUUUAUGAGAUUUAAAAAAAAAAAAAAUUAUGAGAUUAAAAAAAAGAAAUGAGGCUCCUGUUUGGGUUUGCUUUGAGCUCUCGGAGUGAAGAGCCCUGUAUUGGAGCUAGAUAUUAUUAUUUUUUGCCUGCUGGUUUUUGAGCCUUUAAGACACCCUCAGGUCACAUUUUCAGCAUUUUACCGCGACUGUGAGGGUUUGAAACGUACUUUUUUUUUUAAUGAAAGCUGCAAUUUCCCCGUAACCCUUUGCUUCCAGGAGUGGGGCUUUAAGGGAAAUACAUUGUCGGAUUCAUGAUAAAAUGGUGAGAGUUGGCAACAAUUUGGGUUGUGCUUGCCUCUCCCCGGGUCACUGGGGCCCGCUUGGCACAUUUUCCUGAUCUGGGUGCAGGUUUUAGACUUGCUGGGCACAGCACUUUCCCUGAACUCUGUUUCCCAGCUUGGCAUUGCUGAUUAAAUGAUUUUGCAAUCAUGAAAAAAGGGAAAUAAUGGGAGGUCUGCGUGGGAUGGAGGUGAAUAUCAGUAAGGAAUGAAACAUGCCCCUCAAAGCUCAACAAAGUGCAGCAGGUUUUUUACAAGGAUAAUAACCAUGUGAAGGGAUGCUGCCAGCAUCACAUUUUGCUCAUUGCAGCAAAAAUCACAUCUGAGUAUUUUUGUUAAAUUCUGAACGCCUGCUCUUUUUUGUUGUUACCAUGUUUGCUUUGUUUUGGGUGGGUUGUUUUUCGUCCCCCACUCCUGUCAGAGACACACACAAGCACCAGUGGCCAGACAAGGCAUUUCAUUGGGUAUGCACAAGAGCAGCCAGCCCUCUGCACUGCACAGAUGCCACUGGGAAGCAGUCCAAAGGGCAAGUGUCUCUCCUACCUCUUCUCUCUGCCCUGGACUCAAGCCCCUGUUCAUGGCUGGGACUGCUCCUCUCUCCCCAACUCCAUGGAGGACUCUAGGGAUGGAAUGGAAGAUUCUGCUGCUUUCCAGCCUGUUGCUGUUCCCCCUAGCCCCAUGGAAGGGUUCAGGUGAAGGGGGCGUUGCAAGCAAAUGACCCCAUGCCUUGCCCCCUCCAGGCUAUGGCUGUUUGAUCUCCCACCCUGUGGAAGGAUGCAAGAAGGCCAGAAACGGUUUCUGAGCAGACAUCCCUUCCACUCAAAAGGGAAAUUUAGGGAGGAAGAAUUUAGAUGCCUGACUUGGGAAUUUUGAGCAGGGCACCAGAAUUAGCAUCUCUGUUCUUUCCUAAAGGAGCCAUUUUGUGACCAGGUGUGAUCUGCGCAUCGGUUUCUACAUCUCGUCUAAAUGAUGCCAUCUCCAGCAGCACCGACCUCCUUAGCACCAUGCUGCAGCAUGGAUUUGUUACUACUGCCUCAAAGAGUGACCAGAUUUGAACUUGCUUCAUAGCCUCGGUGGUUUGGCUGCUGGAUACUGAAAAUCUCCAUCUCACAGUUCUCACCUCAGCUGAUUAAGCUGCUGAUUACGAAUUUCAGCGUCCCCCUGGCCUGUGUCUCCAAGCCGCCCACCUCGCUGCAGCUGCUGUACAAGCUGGACCCCAUCGAGCUCUCCAUCCAUGGCCUUAUGACCUUCCUGACACUGGUGUCGGUCGCCAUCUUCCUUGAAGAAGCCAUCUACCUGUCAAAGAAGAUCCGAUGCGUGAUCAAGAUGAAAACCCUCAUCUGGAGCAGCUCGGCCCCUACGAUGGUCUCCGUGUUCUGCUGCUUUGGGCUCUGGUUACCACGCUCCAUGAUGGUGGUGGAGAUGGCUAUUGGCAUGUACUUCAGCAUAUGCUUCUACCUCCUCAUGCUGAUCAUGGUGGAAGGCUUCGGGGGGAAGGAGGCCCUGCUCAAAGCCCUGAGGGACACGCCCAUGGUGAUCAGCACAGGCCCCUGCUGCUGCUGCUGCCCCUGCUGCCCGCGCAUCACUAUGACCAAGGGAAAACUUAAACUCUUUCUUCUGGGCACUUUCCAAUUUGCCUUCUUCAAGACAGCCUGUGUCUUUGUGGGGCUGGCCCUGGCUGAAGAUGGAAACUACAAUCCGGCUGAUAUCUCCGCUAAGAGCGUGGCACUCUGGAUAAACACCUGCCUUGGGUUCUCCACCAUCUUUGCUCUGUGGGCCCUUGGGAUCAUGUUCCGCCAGGCGAGGGUGCAUUUGGCAGAGCAGAACAUGGGGGCCAAGUUCGCUUGUUUCCAGGUGCUCCUCAUCCUGACUGCGCUACAGCCCUCCAUCUUGAGCAUCCUGCAAAGCAGUGGCCAGAUCGCCUGCGCCCCGCCCUUGUCCUCCAAGACGAGGUCACAGUACAUGAGUGCGCAGUUGCUCAUCCUGGAGACCUUCAUCAUAACGGUGGUGACUAGGAUGUAUUACAGAAAACAGGACGACAAGGCAGGAUACCAACCUUUCAGCCUUCUGGAUGGGGACAUGGAAAGCAAAGCCUAGACAGGAAGAAGUGGUGACCAGAAAGGAGCUUCUGAGAGCACAGAGCCAUGGCACAAGGAGUUUUUGCCAACACAUGUUCCCUCUGCAAUUUAACAGUGAUAGAAUAUUUCCCUAGGUAGCUGUCUGAAGUUUCAUUUGGCAAGUGACAUAUAGGAGGGAAACAGAAUUUGCAUCCAGAUGGUAGAUGGCUCUGAAAUCCAAAGGAUAUGAACCAAAGUUUCUGUAAACCAGCUUCUUAGUGCAGGGGCCUUAUCUGUAAAGUGCCUAGCCCACCUCGAGUGCUGUAUAAAUACAGAAUAAAAAUCGAUCCAGGCACUUAAACUGGGCUCUUUGCUGUUGGAACGAACACUACUCCUCCAUUUCAAUUUAACAAAAGGGAAAAAAGUGGGGGCUAAAACUCUGCUUACUUCUGGUCUCAAAGAGCUGAGGGUUUGGCUACCACUUCCAUCGG